CCAAAAUCUUGCUCAUAAAGCACUUUUGUCUCUGCUCCCAAUCCCUCUUCUUCCUUCUUUCUUCCUAUAUCCUCUGCUUUUUUUGCUUACUUCUUUUUCACUUUCCUUUCUUGGGUAGGUUUUUUUUCUUUUUCAUCUUCAUUUUCUUAUUGAGUCUCUUAAUUUACUGAGUGGUGAGCUUGAGGGGAGCACUUUUGUCUCUGCUCCCAAUCUCUCUUCUUCCUUCCUAUAUCCUCUGCUUUUUUACUUCUUUUUCCUUUCCAUUUCUUGGGUAGUUUUUCUUUUUCUGUUGUCAUUUUCAUAUAUAGUCUCUUAACCAACCGAGUGAUGGGUGGUUAGCUCUCGGUCUCAGCCCCUAAAGAAACAUGUGGGUUUCUUUCAAGUGUACAUGCAGUUGAAUAGCUCAGCAGCAAAGCAAAGCAAGGGAAAGCAAAACAGAGUAAAGUUAUAUUUCCUCACUCACUUUCUUGUUAAUUCUGUAAGAUUUUGUCACAAAGACCAUCCAUCCAGUUGAUCCAAACAAAGCUGCUCUUCUUCAUGAGAGAUGAGAUUUCUGAGCCAUUCAUUGCCCACUUCACAGUUCAUGAAAAUCUCUCACUUCCUCUCAGCUGUUUCCAGGAUGAUCAGUCCACCCACCAUCAAGUCCAUGUACUAGCAAUAAUGGGGUGGUUGUGGAUCCAUUAAGCUAGAUUUGCACAAGAUUCCCUAUUUUCUCCAAUUGUCCGUUCUGCCCCUGCUAUUUUCUGCAAUGGCCACCCAAGUCCUACUUCCUUCCCUCCAGUUUUUGCUAGCGGCUUUCCGGUUGACCAUUUUCCUCUCUUUGCUUUUCCCGCCUUGUAUGCCUCUCAAGUUUGAAACUAAGGCCCUCCUUGAUUUCAAAGGGCUGCUCAAAGACCCUUUGAGCUUUCUUGAUUCCUGGAAUGAGACAGCGGAGUCGCCUUGCGGUUUCUUUGGAGUUACUUGCGAAUCGGGGAGAGUCAAUGGAAUUUCUCUUGACAACAAGAACCUCUCUGGUGAGAUUUCACCCUCAGUUGGUGUGCUGGACAGCCUCACCACGCUUUCGCUGCCUUUGAACAACAUUACAGGAAGGCUUCCGGCGCAACUCACUCGUUGUGGCAACCUUAGAGUAUUAAAUCUCACCGGCAAUAAAAUGAUGGGAAGAAUCCCAGAUCUUUCUGCACUUGCAAACUUGAAAAUUCUUGAUCUUUCAGCAAACUCCUUCUCCGCGACGUUUCCAUCUUGGGUGGCGAAUCUGACAGGGUUGGUUUCUCUGGGCCUUGGGGACAAUGACUUUGAUGAAGGUCAGAUUCCUGAGGGGCUUGGAAACUUGAAGAACUUGACUUGGCUGUAUCUGGUGGCUUCCCAGUUGAGAGGAGAGAUUCCGGAAUCUGUUUAUGAAAUGAAGGCAUUGCGGACGUUGGGUAUGUCAAAAAACAAGCUCUCUGGGAAGCUCUCUAAGUCGAUUUCCAAGCUACAAAAUCUACAUAAGAUUGAACUUUUUAAUAAUAAUUUGACUGGAGAAAUCCCAACGGAGCUUGCUAAUCUCGCCCUUCUGCGCGAAUUCGAUAUCUCUUCAAACAAAUUUUAUGGGAAACUGCCUUCGGUGAUAGGAAAUCUGAAGAAUUUAGUGGUUUUUCAGUUAUACGGAAACAAUUUCUCUGGGGAAUUUCCAGCUGGGUUUGGAGAUAUGGAACACCUUUCUGCAGUCUCAAUUUAUGGAAACAGAUUUUCUGAGGAAUUUCCCACAAAUUUUGGCAGAUUCUCACCUUUGGCAAGCAUUGACAUAUCCGAAAAUCUGUUUUCAGGUGGUUUCCCAAAGUUUCUUUGUGAACAAGGCAAGUUACAAUUUUUGCUUGCUUUGGACAACAAUUUUUCUGGGGAGCUGCCAGAUUCUUAUGCUCACUGUAAAUCUCUAGAGAGAUUCAGAGUCAAUCAGAAUCGUUUGUCUGGGAAAAUUCCAACUGAGGUUUGGUCACUUCCGAACGCGAAAAUUAUCGAUUUUAGUGAUAACGACUUUAGCGGAGGGGUAUCCCCCAGCAUUGGGUUUUCAACCAGCUUGAAUCAGUUGAUAUUGCAGAACAAUAGAUUCUCAGGUAAUCUUCCACUGGAACUUGGGAAGCUGUCUACCUUGGAGAGGCUCUAUUUGAGUAAUAACAACUUCUCUGGUGACAUACCUUCUGAAAUUGGUGUGCUAAAGCAGCUGUCAUCAUUGCAUCUUGAACAAAAUUCUUUGACAGGAUCAAUACCAUCAGAACUGGGAAAUUGUGUUAGGUUGGUGGACAUGAAUCUUGCUUGGAAUUCUUUAACUGGUAAUAUCCCCAGUACAUUUUCACUGAUAAGCUCUUUGAACUCUCUAAAUCUCUCGGAAAAUAAACUCACAGGUUCGAUUCCAGAAAAUUUGGUGAAAUUGAAGCUAAGUUCUAUAGAUUUGUCAGGCAAUCAGUUAUCUGGAAGAGUACCGUCUGAUCUUCUGACCAUGGGAGGAGACAAAGCCUUCAAUGGAAACAAGGGACUCUGCGUAGACCAAUAUUCCAGAAGCCGUACGAAUUCUGGGAUGAAUAUUUGCACUAAGAAGCCUAGUCAGAAAAAGGUGCUUGAAAAUAAACUGGUUUUAUUCUCUAUUAUAGCAUCUGCAUUGGUUGCUAUUUUAGCUGGAUUGCUGCUGGUCAGUUACAAGAACUUCAAGCUUGGUGAGGCUGACAGAGAAAAUGAUUUGGAAGGGGGGAAGGAAAUAGAUCCCAAAUGGAAACUUGCAUCUUUUCACCAAUUGGAAAUAGAUGCAGAUGAAAUAUGUGAUCUGGAAGAAGAAAAUUUGAUUGGGAGUGGCAGUACAGGGAGAGUGUAUCGCAUAGAUUUGAAGAAAGGUGGCGGUACAGUAGCUGUAAAGCAACUGUGGAAAGCAGAUGGCAUGAAGCUUUUGACUGCAGAGAUGGACAUUUUGGGAAAGAUCAGGCACAGAAAUAUAUUGAAGCUUUAUGCUUGUUUAGUGAAGGGAGGAUCUAGUCUUCUGGUGUUUGAGUACAUGCCAAAUGGUAAUUUGUUUGAAGCUCUUCACAGACAGAUUAAAGGUGCGCAGCCAGAAUUGGAUUGGUACCAGAGGUAUAAGAUUGCUUUGGGAGCAGCUAGGGGGAUUUCUUAUCUGCACCAUGAUUGUUCACCGCCUAUAAUUCAUAGAGAUAUAAAAUCAACCAAUAUUCUGCUCGAUAAUGAUCAUGAGCCGAAAGUUGCUGAUUUUGGGGUUGCAAAGAUUGCAGAGAACUCUCAGAAGGGUUCUGAUUACAGCUCCUUGGCUGGCACGCAUGGGUAUAUUGCUCCUGAGCUGGCAUAUACUCCUAAAGUCACCGAAAAAUGCGAUGUAUAUAGCUUUGGUGUUGUGCUGCUGGAGCUAGUAACUGGUAGGAGACCGAUCGAAGAGGACUACGGGGAAGGAAAAGAUAUUGUUUACUGGGUUUCGACUAACCUCAGUGACCGUGAAAAUGUUGUUAAAAUUCUAGAUGAUAGAGUGGCAAAUGAAUCUGUCCAGGAUGACAUGAUCAAGGUCUUGAAGGUUGCUGUUCUUUGUACUACCAAGCUACCAUCCUUGCGCCCUACGAUGCGGGACAUUAUCAAGAUGCUUACUGAUGCUGAUCCCAGCACUUUCAGGUCUCCAAAGAGCAACUCUGACAAAAAUGGGAAGGAUUUCUCCAGUCAUGAGUUACUUAUUUAGCAGUAGCUAUUUCAAGGUUAAAAAGCUUCAUACAAGCGUUAAUUUCUUUACAAGGCUUGUGAUGUGUGUAAGUGAAGAAUUUAAAAUAAAAUGCUUAUUCAAUGUACUGUUAAAUGUAAGAUCACUAUGCAAUGGAAAUAGACGCUUGAAUUAACCAA